AUGGCUUUCUUCCCCCGCAACUUCUACAACUCCGAUGCUUCCUUUACUCCCCUCUUCCGUCUCCUCGACGACUUCGAUAGCUACUCUCGUCAGGGACAACAGAACGGUGGUACCCGUCGAAGCGGCCUCACCCACUGGCAGCCCAAGUUCGAUGUCCGCGAGACUGGCGAGGCCUACGAGCUCCAUGGAGAGCUCCCCGGCAUGACCAAGGAAAACGUCAACAUCGAAUUCACUGAGCCUCAGACCAUGACCAUCCGCGGCAAGACUGAGCGCACAUACACUGCCGGCACUCCUCCCGCUGGCCUCGUCGAGGGCGCCCAGUCCCAGGGCGCCAUUGCCGAAGGCGAGGGGAACGACGAGAACAAGAACUCUCACCACGCCACGGUUGAGGAUGAGGCCGAGGCCAAGGCACACGAGAGCACCGAAGUCACCCACCACCAACAGUCCAAGGAGGUUGAGAAGAAGCCUGGUGAUCAAUCCAAGUACUGGCUCACCGAGCGCACCUUCGGCGAGUUCUCUCGCAGCUUCAACUUUCCCACUCGUGUCGACCAGGACAACGUCUCUGCCAAGUUCAAGGAUGGCAUCCUGAGCAUUGUUGUUCCCAAGGCCAAGAAGCACGAGUCUCGCCGCAUUAACGUCGAGUAA